AUCGCGGCGAUUUUACGGCGAAAGCGGCCAACUGUCAAAAUCAUUCAAACAUAACCCAACUUUUGGUGUAAAUAGAAUUGGAAUUUUGAGAAAAAUGACUGAAGACGGUGAUAAAAAGGAAGCAUCGGCUGCUCCUGUGAAAAAGGAGCGUCCCAGUAGGAAGGAUAGGAAGAAGAAAGACAAACCAAAGCUCCUGACAAAGGUUGUAAUCCGAAGAUUGCCGCCAACAAUGAAUGAGGAAGACUUUAGGGAGCAAAUAAAUCCUAUCCCUGAUCACGACUACUUCUACUACGUGCCAGCCGACUGGACACUUGGACUGAAUUCCUCGUGCCGGGCUUAUAUUAAUUUUCUAAAGCAGGAAGACAUUUUUAUUUUCAAAGAGAAAUUCGAUGGAUACGUUUUUGUAGACAGCAGGGGUGCUGAAUAUCCGGCCGUUGUGGAAUUUGCCCCAUUUCAGGGUUUACCGAAGAACAGAGCCCGGAAGAGGGACAUCAAAAGCAAUUCAAUUGACACUGAAGCGCACUACCUGGCCUUUCUUGAGUCCCUGAAGGCAGAAGGUGGUGAGAAACAGGAAUCCAAGCUUGAGUACUCCUACCAGUUUCGGGAUGAUAAGAAAAUCAAGUCAACUCCCCUCCUGGAAUUCAUUGCAAACAAACGUAAUGAGAAGCGUGAGGAGAAGAAGCGGAAGAUGGAGGAGAAACGCCGACAGCGAGAUGAGGAGAAGCAGAGGAAGAAGAAUCAGGUGGCAAAGGCAAUUCCAGCUGCUAUUGUGGAGCAAGAGAAGGAGGGAGAAGAUGAUAUAAUUGUGCGAACAAUUAAAUCCCGAACUCCUGAUAAACGCGGGAAGAAGGACAAGGAGAAGCCACAGGGAGAACAGCAGAAGGAUGGGAGGAAGGAGCGACCACCGCUGGAUGAGAAAGCAAAGGCAGCCCGAGAGGAGAGGGACAGGAAGCGCGCUGAGAGAGAUCAGCAGCGGAAGCUGGAGCGUGAGAGGAAGAAAGAGAAGGCCAAGGCUCAGGCAAGGGAGGCAAAGGCUGCAAAUGAUGCCACCACACCACAGACUGAGGAAGUGCGGCGCGAAGUGAAGAAGUACAGCGAGAGAAGGCGAGAACAGAGGCAGGAGAAGAAAGCUGAAACACAGGAGAAGGAUGCAAAGAAAACUGAGGUGGAAAAGGGUGAAAAAGAUGCGGAAGCUGCUGGACAAGCAACAGCAAAGGCGGAGGAGAAGCCAGCAGAGAAAUCCAAUCGACAGCUGAAGAGGGAGAAAAUGCGCGAGGAGCGAGAGAAACAGAAGGAGGAACGCCAGGCUAGGAGGAUUCGCAACAAGGAUCGUCCAUCAAUUCAGAUCUAUCAACCAGGAAAGAGUCGUCUCUCAUGCAAGAAGUCCGGUAGUGAUGAUCAGUGCCCAGAAGAGUCAAAAGGUGAAAUGCCUCCGUCCGAACAUCCCCCAACUUCCACUCCUGAAUCCCCAAAUGUCGCCGAAAUAGCCAAUGAACUUCCAAAUGCUACUCCCAGUACUUCCGAUGCUCCAAAAGCAGAUCCUGUUAUCCCAACAGAUGCACCAGAAAUCCCAAAACCAGCCACUGAUGCACCAAUAGCUGCUACAGAAGCCCCAAAAACUGCCCCAGAAGACCCGGAAAUCGACUAAGUUUCUUUUAAAAUUAAAAUCGCAGCGUUAUUCAGUG